AUGGCAAGCUUGUCUGUGGAGAGUCAGGCUGUAAUUGCGGACUUGCCGGUGGUGUGCAAUUUCCCUGAAGUUUUUCCCGAUGAGAUUCCUAGUGCACCGCCAGAAAGAGAAGUUGAGUUCACUAUUGACCUUGUACCUGGUACUAGACCCAUCUCUAUGGCGCCGUAUAGGAUGUCAGCAUCAGAGUUGGUUGAACUGAAGAGUCAGCUAGAGGAUUUGCUUGAAAGGAAGUUUGUGAGACCUAGUGUAUCACCUUGGGGAGCUCCAGUUUUGCUGGUGAAAAAAAAAAGAAAAAGACGGAAGCAUGCGACUUUUAAGAUUGAUCUAAGGUCGGGCUACCAUCAAAUUAAGGUGAAAGAUGAGGACAUUCAGAAAACUGCUUUCAGGACUCGUUAUGGACACUACGAGUACACGGUGAUGCCUUUCGGCGUUACUAAUGCACCGGGAGUAUUCAUGGAGUAUAUGAAUCGCAUUUUCCAUCCUUAUUUGGAUCAAUUUGUGGUGGUGUUCAUAGACGACAUUUUGGUUUAUUCUAAGUCGGAGGAAGAGCAUGUGGAACAUUUGCGUAUUGUUUUGCAAGUGUUGAAAGAGAAGAGAUUCUUUCUUGGUCAUGUUGUUUCCGGUGACGGAAUUGCGGUUGAUCCAUCGAAGAUUGAUGCGGUGUUGCAAUGGAAAGCUCCUACGUCAGUUACCGAGAUAAGAAGUUUCCUAGGCUUGGCAGGUUACUAUAGGAGGUUUAUAGAAGGCUUUUCUAAGUUGGCACUUCCUUUGACUAAGUUAACUUGUAAGGGUACUGCUUUUGUGUGCGAUGUUCGAUGCGAAGAAAGUUUCCUUGAGUUGAAGAAAAGGUUGACAACGGCUCCGAUUUUGAUUUUGCCAAAUCCCGAGGAACCGUUUGUGGUUUAUUGCGAUGCUUCGAAGAUGGGAUUAGGAGGUGUACUUAUGCAGAAUGGUAAGGUGGUUGCUUAUGCUUCUAGACAAUUGAGGAUUCAUGAGAAGAACUACCCUACGCAUGAUUUAGAGCUUGCGGCGGUUGUGUUUGUUUUGAAAAUUUGGAGACAUUACCUUUAUGGAUCUAGAUUUGAAGUCUUUAGUGCCCAUAAAAGCUUGAACAUUAGAGAGGCUCAGAAGUUGGAUAUGAACUUUGUUGAUGUGAUCAUUGGACUCAGACAAUCUGAGAAUGAGGAUUUCAAAUUGGAUGCACAAGGUGUGUUGAGGUUUUGUGAUAGGAUUUGUGUUCCCGAUGAUGUGGAUUUAAAAAGGAUGAUCUUGGAAGAAUGCCAUAGGAGUAAUUUGAGUAUUCAUCCCGGAGCGACUAAGAUGUACCAAGAUUUGAAAAGAUUAUUUUGGUGGUCGGGAAUGAAGCGUGAAGUAGCUCAGUUCAUAGGAUGUGAUGCUAUUUGGGUGAUUGUUGAUAGGCUUACGAAGUCGGCAAACUUUAUUCCUAUUAACAUAAGUUAUCCGGUGUCGAAGUUGGCGGAGAUUUAUACCAAUGUUAUUGUGAAGCUGCACGGUGUUCCUCUUUGUAUUGUUUCGGAUAGAGAUCCGAGGUUCACUUCAGAAUUUUGGAAGAGUUUGCAAGAAGCUUUAGGUUCCAAGUUGAGGUUGAGUUCGGCGUAUCAUCCUCAGACGGAUGGUCAAACGGAGAGGACUAUCCAAUCCUUGGAAGAUUUGUUAAAGGCGUGUAUUCUUGAACAAGGAGGUUCAUGGGAUACUCACCUUCCGUUGGUGGAGUUUACUUACAACAAUAGUUACCAUUCAAGUAUUGGAAUGGCGCCUUUUGAAGCUUUGUAUGGGCGGAGGUGUAGGACUCCAUUGUGUUGGCAUGAAUCUGGUGAAAGUGUGGUACUUGGACCCGAGAUUGUUCAAGAAACUACCAAGACGGUUAAGAUGAUUCGGGAUAAGAUGAAGAUUUCUCAAAGUAGGCAAAAGAUUUAUCAUGAUAAGAGGAGAAAGGAUUUGGAAUUUCAAGAGGGUGAUCAUGUGUUUCUAAGAGUUACACCUACGACCGGUGUUGGACGAGCAUUGAAAGCUAAGAAGUUGAUUCCUCGUUUCAUUGGACCGUAUCAAAUUACGAGUAGAGUGGGAAAAGUUGCUUAUAGAGUGGCGUUACCGCCAAACCUCUCGAAUUUGCAUGACGUGUUCCAUGUGUCUCAACUUAGGAAGUAUAUUCCGGAUCCGUCUCAUGUGAUUCAAAUGGAUGAUAUUCAAGUGCGCGAUAACCUUACGAUUGAGACGAUGCCUUUGAGGAUCGAAGGUCGUGAGACGAAGUCCCUACGGGGAAAGGAAAUUGAUUUGGUGAAGGUUGUUUGGAUUGGUGCAGUCGGAGAAAGCACGACAUGGGAAUUGGAGAACAGGAUGCGCGACUCCUACCCCGAGUUAUUCGAAUGA